AUAAUUUACAGAGUGGACUCGACCCAGCUUCCUGCUUGACUUACAUCUCCAGGAAAGAACAACAGUGCAGGUGGAGGGAUGAGCCUCUUCCCUGUGAUUGGCACAGAUGUGCCGGAAGCAGCCAAUGGGGUGGAUACACCAGGCUCCCCUGGAUCCUGUAAUGUGAAUGGCCCGUACACCCACGCCCCUAAUACCCCUGCACAGCUCCUGAAGUUUGGGGGUAGGGUGCCCUGUCCUGGGCAGGGAUCCCUUGAUGAGACUGAGAACUGUGUGGAUGGGGAGAGCGCAUGCGAUGGACAAGAGAACCCCAUAGACACUUCUCACAACUCCACAACCCAUUCAGACACACAGCAACACAGCAACAUGUUCCCAGCCCAUCCCUCCCUCCCCCUUCCCACAUGCACAGCAGACAAAGAGCCAGACCCACACGAGCCCCCCAAAGACAUGUCCCUCACUGGACCCUCCCAAACAAGUAUGCCCCUAAACGAGACUCUGUCUGGAGACUGGCAGCACACAGGCACUCCAUCCAAAGACACAGCCCCAGAGGGGGACACUCACAGUGCAGCUAAAAAGCAGUCCGAGACAAAGCACACAAAGCCUUCUAGCUUCUGUGCUGCAGAAACAGAGGAGGAAGUGGAGGUGGAAGAGGAGGAGUGUGAAAAGGAUGGCAAGGAGCAGCAUGCAGGAAACACACAGGCUGAAGUCUCAGCUGAGCUUACAGAGGAGCCCUCGGCUGCAGCUCCCAGCCCCAGCUCUGUCCCAGCCGAGGGGGGGGAGUCGUCAGGCAACAGCCCUUGUCCGCCCCACGUCAUGGCCCAGGUGCGCGUGCGGAACGUCCCAGAGCGGGAGCGCAUCGUCCGGGGCAUGCAGGACAGCAAGAGUCUGGACGAGAUCAGCCAGGCAUGCAUCGGAGGGGCCCGGGGUGGGGGUCGGGGGGGCCAGCCAGAGGGCCGCAGGGCCACCAUCUCCUCUGCCCUGGAGCUGGAGGGAACAGUCAGCCACGACGGGGACCUGACCCACUUCAUCUGCCGCAACCUGGAGCAGAAGAUCAAGAUGAGCUCAAAGCCCAGCCUGGACUGUGACUGCGACUCGGACUGCUCGGGUUCCAUCAGCAGUAGAGGUCGUGGGUCGUCGUCGCGGCGGCCGGUUGACAUCCCUCCCAUCGACCCUGCUGUCUUGGUGGACCUGCAGAGACACACAGAGGAAGUCGCCCACAGUGUGGAGCUAAUGAUGCGCAGCCUCAACGGAACCAUCCAGAACAUGACAGCGCUGAGUGUGGGCUACAUCCAGACCUAUAGAGACUCUGUGGACAGCCUGGGGGAGUCUGUGGACAUGAGCAUAAAGGGAAUGUACACACUGAUGGCGCGCUGUGAGGAGCUGGACCGCUCUAUGCAGCCCAUCCACACUCUGGCCGCCCAGAUCCGGGAUAUCAAGCGCACCCUGGAUGCCCUUGAGGCCAUCUGCAAGUAGCCCCUCUCCCCCCCCUGGAAACCCCUCCCCCAGAGAUCCUCUUCCACUGCAGACCCUUUUCUAACCUAACGACCCCCCUCCCUCCAUACCUCCUGGAAUCACUGCUACUAAUCAUGCUAGCUUCAUGGAUGAUCCGCUCCUCCCCCUCACCUCACCUCUCCCCAUGUAGACGUCAUGCUUCAAACCCCUCCCCCACUCGCUCGGCUAGGAGCCCCUCCCCCUGACAGAACUUGAAGGAAACGGAGCACUUGAUGCUUCUCUUAUUGCCGUCCGACCCACCUGGUUCAGAUUGUACUAACUGCUGCUGCCCACACGGGGGCACUCUCUCUCCUGUAUGGAGAGUGAGCAUCAGGAACAGAUGAGAUGGUUUAGAUGUUAGACACUUCUUAGGCAGGUUGCUUAACCUACUGAGACGAGACACAGGUGAGGGUGUGGGGGUACAUAUGUCGUAUAAAUAGCAGUCCCUCCAGAUGUCAUGUUACGUACCUGUUACCAACCGAAAGCCAUUCCCUGCGGAGCUCUCCGAUCCCGAGAUAAUAUGUUGCGCUUUAGGAGACUGUGGUACCUUCUGUCAUUUCACAGGUUGGCUGGUAGGUAGGUACUAAGUAGGUAGGCCUGUUCUUGAUAUCGAACAUAAUCUAUUUUGCCUAAAUAGUGUUUGCCAUGGUGAGAGGUUGUGGACAGCCGUUACAUGUAGCGUGCUGUUACUGGCUUGUACCAUGAAGGACUUGAAUGCUACCAGAUGUCAUCAGAUCUGCUGAAGCCCCACCUAGACGACAAGGCAGCACCCUCACACUGGAUAUACAGUGCCUUCGGAAAGUAUUCAGACCCCUUGACUUUUCCCACAUUUUGUUACGUUACAGCCUUAUUCUAGAAUUGAUGAAAUAUUUUUUUCUCCUCAUCAAUCUACACACAAUACCCCA